AUGGCCGCUGUCCCCCGACGUAGGAAGCUCAUCGGCCAACGCCGCCGAGUCGAGGACGAAGGCGACGAUGAGGGCCGUCCGGAGACGCUGGAGCUGGAUGACGACUCCCUGACGGAGGGCUCCGUCAUCUCCGACGACCACGACGGUGCCGACGACAGCGACACCAGCAACAUCGACGAGGUGUCGCCCACCUCCCCCAACGCCCGGAAGUCUGCCAACGGCACCGCAGCGGGGGCCGGCCGCAGGAGCUCCAGGGCCGGGGCUCAGGGAGAAACCAGCAAGUCGGUCUCGGACACGGAGGUGCUGCUUCGCGGCAUGUCUGUCGCGGACCCUCCGGACGCUGCAAAGGAGGUGCAGGUUGACGAGGUGACGGUGUCGCCACCCAAGUCUCCCUCGGCCCCCGUCAUUGUCAGCUCCUCGAGCGCCUCGCGGCCUCCGCCCGUGCAGCCUGCCAACCGACGCCGCCAAGAGCAUGAAGAUUACAAGCGCCGGAGGGACGAGGACCCGGCCUUUGUGCCCAACCGGGGUUCCUUCUUCAUGCAUGACCAUCGGCAUCCGGGGCCGGCCGCGAAUGGGUUCAGGCCGUUUGGCAGAGGCCGGGGCAGAGGUGGCGGCCGCGGCGGCGUGGGGGGGCCGUAUGCUCCGAUCAACCAACUGCACCAGCCCGCCGAUCCGACUACGAACUCACCAUGGACGCACGACAUGCACGAGACUGUCGCAGACGUGAUUCCACGUCGCGCUCGACAGGCACCCCACGAGGAGGGGCCGCCCAAUGGCAAUGGCUUCAUCCCUACGUGUGAGCCUAGUGCUACUCCCAUCAACAGGACCUUGUCGACCGAGAAACACAUUGGCAACACGCAGGUCCGCGUCGCUCUGCCGGUGAUUGGGCUGUCCAGGGUCUUUCCCGGGUUCCCCGUCAAGCAGUACACGAAGCUCCCUGACCACCGCCCACCCUUGCGUAGGGACAAGCCUGUGCGGAUCUCACUGCCGAACCACCCUCCGAGAUACAUAUUCCCUGCCUCGGACCGGUCAUUCACCUUUAUCCCACGUGCGCUACGCCCCAACCAGCAACGGCUGAGAGGUAAGCCCCGGUCUACCUGGGGCUCCAUGGGCGGCUUUUCACGGAGAACCAGCAUCUUUGGCGGCAGCUACUACGGCGGCAGCAUCUACUCCCCCAGCGCUGCCGUCAGCAGGCGGUCGUCCAUCGUCAUGCAUGACAGGGACGCCGUCUUUUCGCCCACGGGGUCCAUCAUCUCCCGCCCCGCACCCCAGGCCGAUGCCAGGCCUGUUGUCCGCCUUCCCCCGGCUCCGCAAACGUUCAAUAUGCCGUUGCCCGCGGGAGUCGACGUGCCGCCAGGCCACCCCGAGCCGGUGCCAAUGGUUGGCCCGGAGGCGUCGAUUGUCGACAUGCCCCAGCCACAGACACAUCCCCUUCCGCAGAAGCCAAGCUUCCAGGAAAACUUACCGGCGUCUAUCCCCAUGCACCAGCCUCGCCCUCAAAAGAACAUUUCCGUUGCAGACAUCGAGUCGCCAACCAUGACCCAAAAUGCUCCCGCCUUCCAGCAAGCCUUCCACCAGCAGGUCCCCGUGCAGAUGACCAACGGAUAUCAGGACCCGCACGCUCGUCGGCCCUCGUAUUCGGCCCACGUCUCGACGGGCACGCCCCUGUCCCAGAUUCCCGAGCGAGCCAUACACGCUGCGCCGUUCCAGCCAACCACGUAUGGUCAGCCCGCCUACUACGGCGGCCAGGUGUAUCCUCCUCACCCCCAGCCGGGAUACUACUAUCCGCACGGCUACUCUGGUCCCGGCAUGCCCGCUUCUGCGGUUACCGCACCCCCAUUCGUCCCCGGGGGACAGCCGGGCAUGCCUGGCAGCUUCACGCCCCAGAAUCCGGUUGAGCAGCCUGGCGUUCCUGUGACCGGGCCGCCAGCGCCCCCCAACACGAACCUGGUGGCCCAGGAAGUCAAUGGCAUGGUUUACUAUUACGAUGCUUCCCAAAUGCCGUCCAUGAACCCUUAUCAGCCUUACCCCGCCACGCAGCCAUACCAGCCUAGUGUGAUGGGCAUGGGAGGCAUGGUGACACCAAGCCCUGACGGCUUCUACUAUCCUCAACCCGCACCGGGCAUGGUCUUCUACCCUCAAUAG